AUGGCCAAGUUCGAGGCGCAGGCCUAUAAAAACCAAGCGCUGGAAAACCUACGACAUCAGUCUUCGGCAACCUUUCGAAAACUCCUUCUGGCGACGGUCCUGUGCCUGAUGGGCGGCACCGCCCUGGGCGACGUGAUCCUCGAGGGUAACUACAACGUCACCGCUUUCUGCUCGUCCGUCAAGCCUGGCACCCAGCUGGGCAGCAUCCAAUCCUGCAACUACUUCUACGUCUGCUCGGCCUCCGGACCCGUUCUCUCCCAGUGCCAGAGUGGCUAUGCCUACGACUACGCCAAGAGCACCUGUGCCCCGGAGAGCCAGGUGAGCUGCUUUUGGGGCGUUGAGAACCCGUGCGGCGGCAAGAACGGCACCUGGGUGCCCAACACCAAUGUCUGCGGUGGCUACAUCUACUGCCUGAACGGUGUUAACAAUGGAACCGGCAGGUGUCCCGGUGGCCAGAAGUUCGAUACGAGCAUCAGGCAGUGCGUCUAUGGUAGCUGCAACCUGGUCGAAAGCGACGAGCCCAACCUGAGCAGCCUGUGCGAUGUCAUGCCACCCGGAUACUACUUCGGCGAUACCGGAUCGUGCGCCACCUGGAACUAUUGCCUGAGCACCACCACUGGUAUCACCCUGAAGACCGGCACCUGCACGGGAGAUAGAUCUGCCUUUAACGUCAACACCGGAAAUUGCGAUUACCCCACCACCAAUACUUGCACCCGUGUCACCGAUAAUCCUCUGAGCCAAAUCGCCGCCGGAUGCACCACAAAUGGAGCCGUGAAGGCCGACACCAGCGUGUGCGGUCAGUACUAUCAGUGCAAGAACCAGCAAUGGACCGGAGUGGCCUGCCCCGUCAACUACUACUUCGAUGUGAACUCGGAAAUCUGCCAGCCGCGCCAGACUGCCACUCCCUAUGAGGGCUGCAACCGCUGCCAAUAUGCCACCACCAAAUUUGUGAAUGCCGUCGAUGGCACUAACUGCGCGAACUACUAUUACUGCAACAGCAACGGCGUUGGCUCCGAGGUUACGUGCCCCGAGGACUUCUACUUCAAUGAGGAUCGCCAGGGCUGUGUGCCCGACUCCACACUGUCAACGUAUGUGAUCAACCACGGUGCCUGCAAGGGUGCCACUGCCUCUGAUGAUACCAAU